CCCGCCCCCACCAUGACGGCGGAAACUCAGAAACUGAAAGCCAAGCUCGGCCUUCUGAACACGGGUCUGACUACUCUGGAGGAUACUUUGGCUCCGCUACUAGAACAGACGCUCCCAGAAACUCUGGUUAGCCUCAACUCCAUCGAACAAGCAAAACUGCAGACACUCCUUCCUUACAUUAUCAACGACCUCAUCUUCAUCUAUCUGAAAACGAACGGGAUCGAUCCCAAGACACACCCGGUACUGGAAGAAUUGGCACGCGUCAAACGCUAUUUUGACAAAAUUUCUUCUGCCGAGAAUCCAGAGACACAAAAAACGGGUAUAGACAAGGCCGCCGCUACCCGCUUUAUCAAACACGCUAUUGCACAAAACAACUUCGCUCAAGUAGGAAGUUCAAGCACGACAGUCGAAUCUCAGCCGUCGACAUUUGUCCCCCCGAGGACUACAAGUAAAAUGGUAGAGCGCACAAAGUAUCAGGAGGAGAUGCGAGCGAAAGGAGACGAGAGCUCUUCGGAGGACGAGUUGGAAAUUGUCGAUGGAGCUGAGGCUCCAGUUACGGUCUCGAGCAAGGGCAAAGGGAAGCAGAAAGAGACUGAGGACUCGACGAGCUCAACAGCUACAAAACGAAAGAGACAUGCUAUGGACCCUUUUGCUGCUAGUGGUCUCGAUGAUGGCAGCAAGUCUGAACCAAUUUCAGUGCAAGCAGCAGAUGCAUUGGAGUCAGCCAAAAAGAUGAAGGGCAAGAAAGAGAAGAGGAAGACCAAACGAUCCGACUCCGCGACUACCGAUGCAGCUCACAGUAACUCAGAAUCGACGAAGUCUGCAAAAAAGAAAAAGACAAAAAAGGCGACUUAG